AUUGUCAGGGCUUAAAUCUUUGGUUUCGACCGCAGCGCGAUGAGUUUGUGCUCCAGCGAGGCAGCUAGCUAACGGGGGCUAAGCGGCCGGCCAGCUAGAAAGCUAACAGUUAGCCAGGAUGGACCAUGGAGAGAUUGGAGGCGACUUCAGAGCUCCAGUCCCGGCUGUCAUCCCUCUCCUUCUCGUCUUUCCCCGGGAUAACAUCCAAUCAGAGCGACAACAGACCGCCGGACAGUCUCCAGAACACAGAUCUGUCAAAGAGCUUUCCCCAAACAGACGACCAGGCUAACAUGGAUGAUAUCGAGGAGGAUUCAGGGCAGCCUUCAGAGGGUAAUGAAGAGGCCGCUGUUGAGCCGGCCCCAGGGGAAGGAGGCGAGGAGAACAACAGCGCUGGGAGCUGUCAACUCUCCACUGAGAUGAAAACCCAGAUGCCGCCCCUGAAGCCACCGACAACAUGGACAUCUGCUACACUGAAGGAGCUGAAGGCGAAGCUUCGAUCGGAGAGGGACAGCGUGGUGACGGUGUACCGGGGCGACAUCAUGACGGUUCACGUCCCCACUGUCCCCGAGGCCAAAAAAGUGAGCUGGGAGUUCGCCACAGACGGUUAUGACAUUGGCUUUGGCAUCUACUUUGACUGGACCCCCGUCACAAACCGGUCCAUCACAGUGCACAUCAGUGAGUCAAGUGACGAUGAAGAUGAAGAAGAGGAGAUGGAGGGGCCUGUCAGUAACGGAGAUGUGGAGAAGGGCUCCAAAACCCAAACCAACUCAAACUUGGCUGAAAUCUUACCGGUUUAUCGCCAGGACAGUCACUUGUCCGUCUUCGGGGGGAGCCACGAUUUUCCAGGUGAAGGAACGUACCUGCUGAAGUUCGACAACUCCUACUCACUGUGGCGAAAUAAAACGCUUUACUACAGGGUUUAUUACAGUGCUUGAGAUGCCACUCUAUUGUUAAAGAAUGUUGCUCUUAUCAACAUUUAUUUUUGAUUCCGUACUUGGAAAAUGAAAAUGAAGUUAUAAUAUAAAAGGUUAAAUAUAGGCAUAUCUAUUUUUUAUCACUAUCAGCUUAUGUUGCUACAUGUUGAAUUUACAAUAUAUUGUCAGAUAAUUUUGAAUGCAGCAUUUGCGUCUUGCUGAUAGAUAUUUGAAGAAGUCUUGCAUACGUGCCAUGUUCUCAUGUUUGCACUGUGCUACUUGGUCAAGUGCCCGUUAGAAAACAUAUAUUGUCUUCAGCUGUAACAUUUCUAUGGUAGCAGUGAUCAGGGAAUGCCUGCACAGAAUAUAUCUCAUCAGGCUCGGUUCUUAAUCAGCAGCGCUUUAAAAAGAGGUUUUCUGUUGCAUAUGUGUCUUUGUGCACUUUCUACAGUUAUGAAUGUUCUUUUGCUUUGUUGUCGUUAUUUGUAUUUAUCCUCCAGCCUUGUACUUAUACAUUUCUUUCAUAUCUGUGUUCAAUUUAAUCACGUGAUAAUUCGGAAUACAACAUCAAAAUACAAACUGCAGAGACAUGUCCUCUGUCUGUGUUGGUCAAAAGAUAUAAGUUCAAUGUCCUGAUGCAACAGUUUCUCACUGUGCUUUUUAUGACACAAAUAAAAGCCAUCCCUUAUCACAUAAAGCUCUUAUUAUGUAAUAUAGAUUCAAUAUUUACAUUUGCCUCGUCCCUCUCUCUCUCUUUGCUGUUUCGGAGGUAGGGAGCAGUUGUAAUAUUUAAUCUAGAUGUAUUUUGUGCACCGGUCUAUGUGAGAUAAAUAAGUGAAAUCCAGCGCGUUUGUUUUUGAGUAUCCUGGCGUCGCUUUGGAUCCGAUUGUGUUGGAAAAGCUUUGUUUCAUCCUUGUUUUUAAAAUUCAGCAUUUUACCAUGUUCACUUGUGUGCAUGUUUCCAAAGAUGUCACAGGUUUGGCUGCUAAUGCCGUAAACAUUUUCAAGCAACAGGUUUAAUGCCUCCCUUGUUUGCUGUACUGUACCGUUCACUGUAAGUUAUGAUAUUUGUUCCUGAAAUUUAUAUACCACAAUAAAGAAGAGAUUGUCUAGUUU